AUGCCAACUGCUGCGCCUCACCGCUACACCGUGUCAGUGCCCGGCCCUCCUUUGGACUUUUCUUUUCGCAACUUGAGCAGCUUGUCGGACUUGAACAUCGACGGCAGCGCGAGGCCGGAAGCAGCAGACGCUGCGCUGCAGCAGCAGCAGCAGCAGCAGCAGCAGCAGCAAGCGGGGGGCGCCCUCUCUGCGGGGUCCGCGUUGCUGCUGGAGCCGGCGGACGCCGCGUCGCCGCCGUCGGCCGCUGCAGCAGCGGCGGCCGCAGCAGCAGCAGCAACAGCAACAACAGCAGCAGCAGCAGCAGCAGCAGCAGCAGGCGGGAGAGCCCGCAGGUCGGUCUCGAACUCGCCAGUUGUGCGCAAGUCCGUUUGCCUCACGCGCAGCGACCGAGUGGUGUCAGUUUGCUGCUUCGGGCUGAAGAGCAGCAAAGAAGCAGCAGCAGCAGCAGCAGCAGAGAAGAGCAGCAGCAAGCAGCAGCAAAAGGUGCUGGUGCAGCGACACACAACAGCAGUGCGCCUCAACAACAACUUGCUGCAGGAGGCGCCGGGGCUGGGCCUGCUGCUGCGCGGGCUGCUGCAGCAGCCGCAGCAGCAGCUGCUGCAGCAGCCGCAGCAGCAGCUGCAGCAGCAGCUGCAGCAGCAGCUGCUGUGGCUGGACUUGUCCUUCAACCGCUUCCAAGCCAUUCCUGCUGCUGUUGCGCAGCUGCAUGCGCUCGUCUGUCUGUACAUACACUCCAACCAAGUCCUCCAGGGCUCUUCUCUUUUCUUUUUGCAACAAAAUAAAUCUCUCAAGUUCUUCACUCUCAUGGCCAACCCCGUCGAGCUCCUCCUCGGCAAACAAUACAGGCUGACAGUGUUGGCCGCUUUGCCUUCCCUCAAAGCCCUCGACUUUUCGCCUUUUUCUCCGGACGAGCGCAGCGCCGCCUCCCGCCUUAACCCCGAGUUGAUUAUCAAGCGAGCUGCCAAGCAGCAGCAGCAGCAGCAGCAGCAGCAGCAGCACCUGCAGCAGCAGCAGCAGCACCUGCAGCAGCGCAAGGAGCGCCAGUAG